AUGGCUGGAUACCAGCCUGAUUAUCUUCAGAAUGAGAGAACUCGAACGGGCAGUGGUAGCCCGCUCUCGCCACUGUCACCCUCGCAGCCUCCCUCCUUCAAAGCCAAUAUCAAUCGUAUGAAAACAAAACGAUGGGUCAACGCAAAGACUUAUACCUACGACGGCGACGAUUGGGGGGAAAGCGGAGAUGAAAUGUAUGACGAGGAUUCUAGACAAUUUCCUCCUCCUCAUCCUCCCGGCAAUCCCGUCGCCCUAGAGGAUACAUCAGCUACCCAGCAUCGGGACCCCCUUACAGCGACAGCAGCUCAGAACACGCUCAGCCAAGAGACCAAUUCCGCCGGACCACCUCCAUUCAUUCGUCCCGCGGAUAUAUAUAAGAGAAUGACAAAGGAAAGAGAAAAACAACAAACUACCCCUUCGAAGACAGCUGGCUCCGUACCUUCAGACCAGCCAUCCAAUGCUCUUCCCGAUCAGAAAGCCCACCUUCAUCCCAAUCAAGAUAUGCAGUCCAAAGACUCUCGAUCUGACCUCGGAAGCAUAACUUCAGACCUAGUUGAUGCAAAAGAUUCUCAAGAGAAUCAGAGACAACAUCUUGGCAAAUCCAUGCAACCUGUGCAAUAUGACACCGGAUUACCUGCAUCCAAUACGAUAUUCCAUUCCCAGCUCCCACAUUCCGUGGCAAAGGGGGAUGACCCCGUUAAACUACCUGAAUUAAAACCAUUUUCUAACUUUGGUGAUGGUUUGAUCGAUUCCUCAAAUCGCCCGCCCGUCGAAGUCUCCAACGCCAUCAACACCAAUAACAAGCAAUCUAAGCAACCACCUGGAGUUGAGCGGGAUCCCUCGGUUGACUUUCGCCCCGCUGUUAAUCAGGCCCUUGAAGCACCCAACACCCCCAGCACCCAGCAAGAGAGUGUUACGAGCCCCAGCAGCAACACUACAUCUAUCAUCACCCCAAUCAUACAUUCGGACAACACGACAUCUCAGCAGACCCCAACAUUUCAUGGAGAUUCUGUCAGCGAAGCCACAGAUAUUAUCUCGCCACAUCCAACACAGAUGGUCUCUAACCUCAAGCCAAGCCAUAGACGCAGCUUAUCACCCACUGGACAAGACAACAGUCCUGUAAGACAGCCAGUCGUUAUGAUGGAGGUUCCCGUUCUUCAUUCGGAACCCACCCUCACAACUAACUUCGCUUCUGAGCUACAUCCAACCAACAAUCAACAAACGGGUCCCAAUGCCGCGCAAGGGGAGCAGAGUGCGACCGGGAUUCUACGGCCCUCAACUAUAGAGAUUACAGAAGAUGAUAUCAAAGCUACCACCAGUGUAAACCAGGCCGUCGAUAUCAAUACUACACAGCUUAACACUGAGGGUAGCCAGACAUUGGCUGCAGUGUCUGAUUCAAAUGCCCAAUUUCCCCUUUCGGCUACCCGAUCUGUCGUCAAUACUUCAAGUACCAACGACUUAAAUGAUAGGCUAAGGGACGAGAUCAUUCGGUCCCUGACGCCCGCUCCACCCAAUCAACCCAGCGAUUCAAUUGAUAACAUUGGGGGUGACCUUGAGUCGAGAUCUCGUAUAAGGCACGAAAGUAAUCUUGUACCAAAUGAAUAUGACUAUUACUGGGGCGAACGAUCGGAUCGUAUUACUUCCAGUCUCCCACUAUCCCUAGCAAUACCCCAGGAUACCAGCCUAUCCAACGCCUUCGAAGCCCGCCCGCCAAGUUUCCUUGAUCAGAAUAGCACCGACAUACCACAACCGUUAGGCCGCAACAGAGAUUCGAUAUGCAGCCCGCAACAGCCUGCUUUGAAAAAGAAAUUCUCCUGGGAGUCCGAUUCUGAUGGGGGUGACUCUCGUACACCUGCCCCACUGCGGGAACCAGAUCAGCAGCCAACCGACAUUGCCUCCCCGCGCGAUCCAUCAGAGACGAUCCGGAAAGUCGAUGACACUGUGGAUUCCACCAGCUCCCCUAUACCACCCUUGAAACGGGCCAGCUCGCCCGUUUUGAGCCCUAUUUUGUGCGAGACGCCAUCUGUUGUCGCCCACGAGUCCACAGGGGAGACUGAGUUGCCCUCAAAGAAUACACUGCCCAACGCACCACUUCUUCAUGAAAACAAUUUUAUGUCAGAACCCCUGCCAUCCCGGGAUUCCGUAGAGCAAGUCGAUAGCCCGUCAAUGGCAGAGACUGCAGGCAUCCUGGGUUUCCGAGAGAUCAUGGCGAUGACGACUACCAGUCAGAAGAUAUCCGCCUUCGAUCGGGCGCGAGAGCAAUUUGCCACUAGUGACACGGGCCUCCAAGACUGGUUAAACCAAACCGUCGAGAGUCUUUCAGAGCAUGCAGAUCUUAUACAACACAAUGGUGCACUGCCACCAGGGUCCAUCGCCUCUCAACGACCAAUACCCCGAGCCAAAUUUUCAAGAUUGCCGUCUCUUCACCUAACAUCGCAGGAAGGCCCGACGGCCUCCCGGACACAUAUGCGACACUCUUCUACUCCGCUGGGUAGCAUGAUACAUACACAGCAGGUGCAGGCUAAGGGCAAAGAUCUUUUACACAGCGCAGGGGUUUUAGGUGGCAAGGCAGGCGGUGCGGCCAAGGGGCUUUUUGCAAAGGGCAGGAAUAGAUUUCGGCACAGCGGCAGCGCUGAUAAGGUAGACGCUUAA